AUGGUUAAGAGAAGUGCUAGCGACGAAGCACCAACUGCUAAGCGUGUUUCUACUAAGAAAGUUUUGAAUCAGCUAGAUGACUACACGCACAGAUAUAUUAGUGUCCGUCCACUAGAUGUGUUUGUAUGGGGUACUGGUUCCAUGUGUGAACUGGGGCUGGGUCCAUUGGCCAAGAACAAGGAGGUUAAAAGGCCAAGGUUAAACCCAUUUUUGCCACAAGACAAAGUCGGCAUUGUUUCCAUUGCUGUUGGUGGUAUGCACACAUUAGCUUUGGAUAAAGAUAACAACAUUUGGUCUUGGGGUUGUAAUGAUUAUGGUGCCCUAGGAAGAGAUACCAGCGGAGCUAAAGAAAAAUUGAAGGAUGCUAAUGAUUCCAGCGAUGAUGAAGAUGGUGACCUAAAUGAACUGGAAAGUACUCCCACCAAACUACCAUUCAAAUUUGAAGGUACCAGCGAAAAAGACGCUAAGAUAGUCCAGUUGGUUGCAACUGACAACUUAAGUUCUGUACUUUUAAGCGAUGGUACCAUUUACGCUUGGGGUACUUUCCGUUGUAACGAAGGUAUACUUGGUUUUUACCAGGAUGAAAUCGAAGUUCAAAGAGAACCAUGGGUUGUACCAAAAUUCGCGAAGGGUAAAAUUGUUCAAAUGGCCGGAGGUAAGGACCACAUAUUAUUUUUGGAUGAGGCAGGUAUUGUCUACGCCUGGGGUAAUGGUCAACAAUACCAACUAGGUAGAAAAAUAUUGGAUAGAUUCAGAUUAAAGACUCUUUAUCCUUUACCAUUUGGUCUAAAGAAAGUGAAAUACAUUGCAAGUGGUGAAAAUCACUGUUUUGCUUUAACAGAAACUGGUAAAGUUGUGAGUUGGGGUCUAAAUCAGUUCGGUCAAUGUGGUAUCGGUGAAAGUAUUGAAGAUGGUGGUAUUGUUGCUGUUCCAUCGCAAGUGAUGAAUUUACCAUUGGAUAAUGAUAGCAUUAGAACAAUAAGUGCUGGAGAACAUCACAGUUUAUUUUUGAUGGAAUCUGGAGCACUAUAUACUUGUGGAAGAAUUGACAUGAAUGAAAUUGGUUUGCUAAAGAAAGAAUUACCUACAUAUGCCUAUAAGGAUGAGCAUGAGCGAGUUAGAGCAGUUCCGCUACCUACGAAGGUUGUAAAAACUCUGGAAGAAUUGGAUCCAGAAGAUGACGAAGACGAUAGAGAAUAUAAAGAAAUGAAAUUCAAGAAUAUCGCUGCUGGCUCACAUCACAGUAUUGCUAUUAGCCAAGAUGGUAAACUAUAUACUUGGGGUUUCGGGGAAACAUAUGCAGUCGGUCAAGGUCCUGCUGGCGAUGACAUCGAAGUUCCGGUUAAAAUUACAAACACAGCAACCAAAGAAGUCGAUAUGGUAUUGGCUGGUUCAGGUGGACAGUUCUCUGUUUCUGCCGGGUACAAGCAAUAG